AAAAAGAAAAACAAUUGAAAAUAUUCGUCAUCCUUUCAAGUUUUGGUUUAUUUCGACAAUAAAAAUGCAGGAAACUUCGUCAGAACUUUAUGAAGAAGUUAAGCUUUUUCGCAAUGCCCGUGAACGUGAGAAGUACGAUAACAUGGCCGAUUUAUAUGCCAUCAUAAACACUCUACAGCAGUUGGAAAAGGCCUAUAUACGGGAUUGCAUUACUCCUCAAGAGUACACGGCAGCCUGUUCCAAAUAUUUAGUACAGUAUAAGGUCGCUUUUAAGCAAGUUCAAUGCGACGAAUAUCCCAGUGUCGAUACAUUCGUAAAGAAAUUCCGUUUGGAUUGUCCGGCCGCCCUGGAACGUAUUCGUGAAGAGCGUCCCAUCACAAUUAAAGAUGAUAAGGGCAAUACGUCCAAAUGUAUUGCGGAUAUUGUUUCGUUAUUUAUAACCAUUAUGGACAAGUUGCGUCUCAAAAUGAAUACAAUGGAUGCAUUACAUUUCGAUGUGAAAGAUUUGGCCGACAACAUGAAUCGUUUGUCCUUGAUUCCCAAAGAUUUUGAAGCAAAGCAGAAGGUGGAAACUUGGCUAUCUACACUUAAUGAAAUGCAGGCCUCAGAUGAACUCAACGACAAUCAAGUACGUCAAUUUCUGUUUGAUUUGGAAUCUGCAUAUGCCGACUUUACAAAACUACUUCAUAGUCAGUAGAAAAAUACUUCGGAUGGGAUUAAUGUUCUCGUUAUAAUAUUCAUACAUACUAGUAUUUUUAAGUAUUAAAUAUAAGCUGUGUGAUUUCUGAUCUGAUUUUUAAACUUUUGCUUGGAAAUAUGAAAAAAUUAAAGAAAAAAUAUUUAAUAAGGAAACGUUUGUAUUUAAAUUCUCGAUUCGACGUUGCAAAUGUUAGUAGCACGGCGACAAAGCAUUAGUUUCGAAAUUGGUUAUAAUAAAAUUUAUAUGUCAUAUAUGUAUUAUUAAUAAAAUCCUCAUAUAUAACUAAUAAAAUCAACUCAAAA